UGUUGUCAAUGUUCCUGUGCAAAUGUUGCCUUAUCAAAGGUUAGCCCCGCUUGUAUUGCCGCCUGCAAUGUCGGCAACACGCAGCAUUCAGACAUCCUCUAUUGCACGUCAUGUCGGCCUGCCCACUGUUGCAGGAGAUGCACAUGAGGAUGCGCUAGAGGUGACUACUGUUGAUAACAUACCAUCAUUUCCUAGAUCUUCCCAUAUUGCUAGUACGGGAACAUUGCAGGCCACAUUGGUGGUGAGUGACGAAAAAUUGCUUCCCUUAAAGAUACAGAAGGUUCCAGGUACUUUAAAAUUAUUAUUAUAUAUAGUCUAAUUGUAAUUUACUUACUGGUCACUCCUUUUGGACUAAUGAUACCAUGAAUUUUUUGCAGGAAAUGAUAUUUUUUAUAAAAAAUCUCAAUGACAUUGCAUUGCGGAUAUUUGGGCCCACCAUACGUAAAAGGUGGAAUGACCAAGAAAAAAGGUUAAAAGAUGAACUGACAAACUGUAUGGUUGAGUUGUUUGGAAAUGACACAUUUGACAAAAACAAGCUCCUUGAAAAAGCUGGCACAUAUCUAAAGUAUGUGAGGGACCAAUACAAGACACAUUUAGAGAACAACAUAAAGUACGAGCGUCCCCCCGUGAUUCCAGAGAGGGAGUGGAAGAACUUGAUUUUGGAUGCCAAGGAGAUAAUUGAAAGGAAAAAAAGAAAUACACCACUAGAUGCCAGAAGAAGACUGAGUGACACGUCAAAGGCAACCAAAGCAAGACAAGAAAAGCACUGGCAACACAAACUCAGCUUUGGUGGUUAUAUGAAACUUGUCGCACGAAUUGGCUCUGAAUUCAAUAGAGCGUCCACAGAAGAUGACAGGAGACUUGCCUACCAGCAAGGCUAUACAGUCGUGGCUAAAUGGCUACAAGAAUUGAGUGGGCAAACACAAGAUUCUGGUACAUCCGUCGCACAACCUACUAAUUGUGAAACACGAUCUGCACAUGAAGGUCCAGAUGUGCAUCCCAGUAGUGGAGAGCAUGUAGUCGGUGGUGACCAAGUGGAGCAUGAUCCGGGUACACAACAUUAGGAACGUGAUGUUCCCCAAUCAGAGGAUCUAGAGGGUGUUUAGCAUGUUGAGAUUGAGGCUAGACAAAAUGAUGUGGAAGAUGAUGUGGCCUCAUCAGAGGACCCCCUUUCGCUUCAGUGUCCUCGUCCUUAGUAUAGGACUAGGCAUACAUCGAGAUCACGAGCAGAGGGCAGAACAACUGAAGAGGGGGAAAAUCAUGAAGAAAACGAUGCUCCACUUAUUCUUUACAUAGCU